AACCCCCUCUGUAACUGUAUCCCUUCAAACUGACCAACACAUGAUGCAAGUGUUUAUUUUCAUUCAGCCACUUCAUGAAUCGGAUUGGUCAGUGUGGGAAGGGAAAUACUGUCCAGAGGCUUGUGUUUGUCAUGAUGGUGGAGUAAUGGACACAUGCUCAGUGUAUUUGAACAUGCAGUGCUGCAGAAAGCAAAGACAGGCAGACAAAUGAUUAAAGACAGAGGAAAACACAGACUUCUGUAACAACAGAUGAUCAAACAGAAAAGUCUGGACAGACAGACCAACAGACUGAGACAUGUCUCCUGCUGAGAGGAUGAAGGUGCUCCUCUUCUUGGCUUUGUUCUUUGGAGCUGCAGGAUUUUUGUUCAUGCUGCUCUCCUGUGGGACAGAGUACUGGCUGCUGGCUGCUGAGUCUUGUAGCCGAGCGGAGGACAGACGUGGGGCUUUAGACAGUGUGAGGAUCUUUCAUGAGGGUCUGUUUUGGCGUUGCUCCUUCAUGGUCACUUUCCACGAUUACUCUAUAUGGGACCUUUGGAUCUUCAAUCAGCCAUCGUCGAAGGUUUGCCAGGCCGCUUUCCUCUUCCCAUUUCCUGUUAAUGACCCAGUGGGAUCGUGGGUGGAGCCACAUGGUUUACCCAGAGAACCCUAUGAACAUCACUCUGCCAUUGUUUUCAGGACCUUCUGGAGCAUCUUUCUCGUCACAGGUGUGGCUGGUGUCGUAGUCGGUGGAUUUGCGGUUAUUUGUGCCGGCCCACUGACCAAUCACAAGCUCUAUAAAGUGGGCGGGGCCCUUCAGUUUUGUGGCGGCCUGUGUCUGCUGGCUGUGGUGUUGAUGUAUCUGAUGUGGGUCCAGGUCCUAGACACUCUAGAGCAGUUCGCCCUCCAUCAGAGACUCUCCAGCUGCCCCUCCUUCCACCUCAGUGUCCAGCAGGGUCCCUCGUUCCUCCUGGCUCCAGUGGCUGUCUUCUUCUGCCUGCUGGCCGGCCUGCUCUUCAUCUUGGUUGGCCGACAUGUCCAUCAGACGCAGCUAGAGAAAAAAAGCAAACGCUCUGAACUUUGAUCUCCCAUUGUUGAAACUCGGAAUCCUAAUGGAUUCCAAGACCACAACACACAGACAACUCCACCCCUCUAGUGUUUCCAAAUGGUAUUAAUGUCGGCACCGCUGUACUAAAGAAGGUCACCGUGUGUUAUUUGUUUAGAUUAUCAAACAAACAAUGAAUCAUCUUGUUUGUUUCUGGCUGCUAGCAGUAGCAUUAGCAACAUGGCUGUCACAUAGGUGUCCAUGAGAAGACUGUUCCUAGCUCUCCUCAUGUUAAGGAUGUUUUCUAUUCGCAGCAGGAUUAAGUAGGUGGAGUAAAGUCAAAUCAAACACCACCCACAGAAACUGAAAAGUCAGACAGCAGUGGCCACACAGUCUGACUGACCGGGGGGCACUCAGUGAUAACCAAAGAUGAAGACCAAAAUCACAAAUCUGGAUCUUUCCGAUUUACUCCACUCACUGAGGAUAAUUGGAAUCCUUAAUUUGAAAUUGGUCAUUAUAAAUGAUUUUUCUAAUCUAUUUAACAGAUCCCAUUGUGAUUAAUACUCCAAUACUCUCACUCUGCUUUUAUUAUAAUUGAUGAAUCAAUUUUGACUAAAGCCUGCCCGGCUGCUGGUGUGUAUGUUGAAGGAUUGAGUAGAUUGAGUGUGACCGGGCCUGCCUGUCAUUAGGACAUCAGGUUGAAGCUCUGACAUAUUGGGUCAGAGGGACAGAGAUAAUAAUAAAUUAGACUGUCAUAAUCCAUUUUCUGACAGGACGACCACUUCAGGGACAUCUGGUAGUGUGUGUAAAACACACAACAGCCACUAGAGGACAGUGUUGUCUCAAGUUAAUGUUUGGAGAGUUGUCCCAACCUCAUUAAAUCCAAAGUCCUCAUAAGGUUGUCCGACAAUGUAGAGCCAAAAUGCAGAGUUGCAGUGCAUCAGAUUAGGAUGGAACCAGGGGGGAAAUUUGUAAGUGUUAAUUAAUUCAACUGUAAUUUUCCUGGCAAACAAAAGAAAAUGAUUUUUUUGUUUUCUUCAAGUUCAGUAUAGUUAACAUUAUAUUUGAAGGAGGGAGGGAGGAGAAGGGAGGGUUGUGGAAACCUGCAGUCACACCUUGAUAAUUGGAAAAGGCAAACAGAAGUGAGACCUUGAGAUGAUACAGUGACAAAAUGGAAGGAAAAGGAGGAGGGGGGGAGGACAGGGAGAAAGAGUUAACACCGCUCAUCAGCGAGUCUUUCAAUAUUCUUUCAUGUCUGACGCUCCUGCACCUUUCCAUCCCCUCUCCUCUUAAUCUCCGCUGUGAACUAAGUGAGUAUAAUUACACCUGAGCGUGUCACAUUCACUUCCCCGGCCCUCACUGUGUUUAAACAUCUCUGUCACCUCCUCUCCGUCGCCACGCUGCUGCCACAGCCAACAGCCUGCGCCCGUUUAAAGGGUGAUCUUUUAUUUUCUAACUAAUACGAGGAGAUCCAGUCAUAUCACUUGGUUUCAAUCUUUAGAGAGCAGGAUCAUGGCAGAUUCAUUACUGGGCUCCAAGAGUGGAUGUGGUGCUGUUGUAGCUGUCAGACUUGGACUCAUAUACACACGUGUGUGUGUGUGUGUGUGUGUGUGUGUGUGUGUGUAUAUAUGCACACACUCCACCAGCAGUAGUAGCCACAUCGUUACACUGGGUCUUUGUCCUCAGUAGAUAGAGCUGUCUGCAACAAUUACCACAGGGGCAACACAUGACAACUGAAGACACAACUCCUCUCUAUUACGCCUUUUUAAAGACAUUUACCACAAAGUUUAAUUGAAUGUGGGGGUUGUAGUCAGAGCAAUACUCUGCAUUUGAAGAGUUUAAAGGGUUGUAUUAUUUUAUUUCUGGCCAAAAUUAAAAACAAAAGGGUGUAAACACUGUUUAUCUGCUCUGAAUUGCAGUUAGCAUGUCCAGCUAGUUAACCACCUAGCAUAUCAUUAGCAUAGCAAUGAUGAAUGACAUUAGUUUGUGGGGUUAAGAAAAUGUAUCAUACAUAUAAUACUAGGACAAACAAGCUCCACGCUACAAUACAAAGUCUUGUAUAUAAAUUAUUAACUUCUGUCACAAGAGACAUCAACAGAGGCCAGAGUUUUCAACCAACUCCUGGAGCUAACGUUAGCUUAUUUAGCUAGCUGUCUACAGCUGUAAAAAUCUGGUGGCAACAGUUGUGUGCUUUUUGUGUCUGAAAACAAGAGCAACGUUGUUUCAAAUUACAUUCUCCAAAUGUUUAUAUACACCACCAACAUGUAUGAAAAACAGCUAAAUGCAGGAUGUUAUUAAAGAAACAACAACAAACAUCUGAGUGGGCUUGAUGUGGAAACAUGCUACUUCCUAUACUGAUGCUGCUCACAUCAAUAAUGACCAUGCACGCAGGCUCAGAGUAAUGUAUGCAUAUAAUGCCACUGAAUCAAGCACAGUACACAGUAUAAAACACAAAUAAUGGUGUGUGUGAGGAUGUUUUCACAUCAAAUAUAAUGAGCAUCCAUGAAAAGCUGGAUGCAUCCUUAUCCCAUCAGCUCCCCUGAACCUCCCCCUGUUCCUUCUCCUCGUUGGUAUACGCUGCUCUACCUCCACAUUACCCAGAGGCCAACCCAGGGGGCGCAAUUAUUCAGGCCUUUGCUCAGCCAAGUAGAAGAAAUUAGCCUCUUCUCCCGAACCAAGACCUUCUAACCUGCACCAGGACCUCGGGCUGCCUCUCUGACUAGCAUGACCCCCUGUGACUUCCCUCUCCAGACCUUGUGUUUUCCAUACAUAUGAGCCUGGGCUGUCCAGAGCCAUGCUUGGCUGCCAUAUGGGCUCCCCAUACCCCGGCUGGCAAAGUGGGGCUGGGGAGCUGCGGGCUAUAAAAUCCAACACCCCCACACCUCCACUAUUGCCAUGCACCCCUCCUGGGAGGAUGCUGGUGUCCUCCGGCCAACGAUGUGCUUUUACAACAAUUCAAUAGAGUCUAAGAUGGUGAGCAGCUGGGCUAAGACAUGUCAUUCUUUGUGGCCUUUAUAAGCUGUAAUUAUGAAAGCAAUAUUGGAAAUUGAGUUUAGGAACAAAACUGGAAGUUAUGUAGCUCAAAAUCUACAUUUCAAAGUUUUCAAAUUACUGCAGGUCAAUAUCUAAAUGAGCAAUUACAGGGAAAAAAAGUUAUUAUGAGUGCUAUUAUGACAGGGUAUGUUCUCUGGGUGUUGGAGCAAAGAAUAAGAGCUUUUCUUCCUCCUCCUUAUUCUUCAUUUCAUCUUUUCUGUAAUUUGCCCCAUUCUUUUUCUUCAUUAAAAUCAUUUUGAGUCA